GAUUCAUCAAGCAUCAUUCAAUAGAAUGUUACGAUUUUCUCUAUUAUUUAUUCAUUGUUUAUUUAUUGUAUUCGUUCAAUCAAGAUUCAAUUCAACAAUUGAAUAUUUUGAUGAAAAUCUUAGUGAUAAGAAUAAAUGGGCUAUUUUAGUUGCUGGAUCUAAUGGUUUUUACAAUUAUAGACAUCAAGCUGAUGUCUGUCAUGCUUACCAUGUAUUACGUUCGAAGGGUAUAAAACCUGAACAUAUUAUCACAAUGAUGUAUGAUGACAUCGCUCAUAAUAAGAUGAAUCCAUUUCGUGGAAAAAUUUUCAAUGAUUAUAGCCAUAGAGAUUGGUAUAAAGGAGUUGUGAUCGAUUAUAAGGGUAAAAACGUCAACUCGGAAACUUUUCUAAAAGUUCUGAAAGGAGAUAAAAGCGCUGGUGGAAAAGUUUUGAGAAGUGGGAAAAAUGAUGAUGUAUUCAUAUACUUUACUGAUCAUGGUGCACCGGGUCUAAUUGCUUUUCCUGAUGAUGAAUUAUAUGCCACACGAUUUAUGGCAACGUUGAAAUACCUUCAUAGACACAAACGUUAUUCAAAACUCGUGAUUUAUAUUGAAGCGUGUGAAUCAGGUUCCAUGUUUCAAGGAAUAUUACCGUCGAAUUUAAAUAUUUACGCGACUACAGCUGCUAGUCCAACUGAAUCUAGUUAUGGUACAUUUUGUGAUGAUCCAAAUAUAGCUGCUUGCCUGGCUGAUUUGUACUCAUACGAUUGGAUUGUUGACUCACAAACACACCAACUGACACGCCGAACACUCGAUCAACAGUAUAGAGAGGUUAAACGUGAAACGAAUCUUAGUCAUGUUCAGAGAUAUGGUGAUACGAAUAUGGGUAAAUUACACGUUAGUGAAUUUCAAGGAAGUCGAAACAAGGAUUCAAUUGAGAAUGAUGAACCUCCAAUGAAGGUAAAUCAUACUUAAUUAAUGUGUAAUUACUUCCAUAAAACUGCUAAGUGUUUAUGAUCAACUUAUUGUAGGUGAACGGCUAACAAAUUUGCUCACAAACUUCAUGUUACACAUGGAUAUCAUUUACAGCUGAAUAAUGUCUUGAUUAUCAAAUAGUGAAAUUAAUAGGGUUUUCCACUGAAAAUUUCCAUCCGAUUUCUUUCAAAUACUACUUGAGACACUCAACUGUUUGGAAAAAAAUAUGCUGCUGAUGAACUGAGGGUAAGAUCAAUAGAAUGCUCGUUUGAGUGGAUGAUGACGACACUAGAAAAUGAUUUUCACAAACAAGAUAUUAAUUGAAAACAAACUCGGCUGUUAACCACAAUACCGUAUGUUUCAGUUAAGUGUCAGAAUACAGAAAGACGAUAUCUGACCGACGGUUACGAUGAAUUAAUAUCUUAUAGUGACCCUUAAUCUGACUUCAGGUUGGUUGUGUAAAUGUCUGUUAUUGAAAUAUACAUAUCGCCAAUUCUCUUAUAUAAUCGACGUAAAUCGCGAAUAACGGAAUUAAAAGAAGUCGAAUACGAGGAAAGAUUUCAAAUACGUAUAUUUCAUACAAUCGUUGAUCCAGACAAAUGAUCGGAGGAGCGAAAGAAAGUGAAGCGAAAUGGUGCACAAUGGAGGCGUGUGACCCAACUCCAUUUAAUCAAGUGUUGAUCAAUAUUUAUAGUCACACAAAAAUAAGUUGCAGAUAUGUAAUGAAUAGGAUAUGAAGUGAACACAUAUACCCUCAUCCAAAAACGGACAGUUGACAAGGUCACAAUACGAUUCAAGAAGAAUGAAUAAAUUAGUCCGUCCAGAAGCUAUAAUAAUAAUACAAUCUAGCAAAAACGCAGCACCAUUGAAACAUCGCUAAUCAACAUAAUAUGAUCACGGAAAAAUGAGUGAAUGAAUAAUGUUCCUUUAUCCAACUGUCGAACUCACAGUCAAAUAAAGUCACCUAGACCAUUCAUCAGUUUGGAACAAUGUUUCAAGUAGGAAAACUUUUGGCUACAUUGAUCAGCAGACUUGGUUGUAUUUAAUUCAGUCAUUUCCUAUCAACAAAAUUGAUGCCUCAAAAUGUCAAUGUUUUGUCAAUCGAAUUGAAGUUCCAUAAUUUAAACAAACACUAGAUAAACAUCUCUAUGUUUUCGUUGUCAUUUAGCCGAAGGAUUUUGUCGCUUCACGUGAUAUUCCAUUGCAUACUCUACAUCGUCAAAUAAUGAUGACCAAUAAUGCAGAAGACAAAAACUUACUAAUGGAAAUUCUUGGUUUGAAACUGAAGGUGAGGCGUUCUUUCCCCCUGAGUUUUACUUAUUUAACUCUGUUAAUGUAUCCAAUUUUUUUCCACUUAUUGUUACAUGAUUUUAGAGACUGGUUUUCAAUAUCUACAAAACCUAUCACUAUUACACAUUUUAUAGAGUUUCUCUCCUAGAAUUAACACAAUAGUCUGGACAUAAAUAUUCAACUGUAUAGACACUGCUGAUUCUUCUUUUACAUAUAUUGUCGUUCCAACGAAUCGACCUCACUGAAAACGUUUGUGGUAAUGGUACUAUUUUUAAGUGAUAGUGUCUUCCCGAAGUUGAUUUUAUUAAUCAGUCUCUCAUGACAAAAUUGCAUGCUCUACACACUGUCUCAAUAAUGCCAUUUAGUCACAAGUGUUAAUUAAGUUUGGAAGGACGAUUAACAGUGGUAUACAAGAUGAACAUGUUGUUUUAGUUCAGACUUGUCGGGUGCAUUUACCCGCAUUUCAGUGUUGAUUCUUAUGUACAAACCUGAACCAGGUAUACUUCGGUAAACAUACCCAUCGUAUUAUCCACGAGGUACCUAGUCUAGAUUUCUAAUAGCUGGGGUAAUGGGCAUGAAUUCAGUUUUUAAGUGCUUGUGUCUUCCCAUUGUUAACAGUAUUGUUUCUCAUUUGUCAAUAAACGAAUUCAUAUCAUUGUGUUAAGUACAGUGUUCCUGUCUGAUUCGAAUCCUUUUUCUUUGUAGAAAGCGUAAACUAUAUCUUGAUAAGUUUAACAGACUGUUCAGUAUUUCAUUACGUAACCGUGUGAUUUCAAAAUUUGAUUCAUUGAAUGUCCUGUAGCGGUAAAUAAAUCCCCGAAAUCAAUAGCUCUGUAAGUCUUCGACAUUAGAUGCUGACCACAUUAGUUUUAAUGGACUCACCUAGCUGAAGGCACUCAGUCAUGCAUUCGUACCAGAUCACGAGUGAGAACGCCGUGCUCAACUUCUCCUGCAACCGCUAGCCAAUUAGAUCAUUCAUUUCUCGAUAUACUGAUAGCCUAUCAAAUAUAUUUUCGAACCUCCUCGCUUCUGUCUUUUAACCUCACUGUAUGGGUACGAUUCAUUUAUAGAAGGUGUUGUUGGUUAAAGUGUUGUCACAUUACAAAUAUCUGUGACAUCUUCAGUUUCUUCAAAACUUUGAUUAUUAUUACCAAAUUUUACAGUAGUAUGAGGUAUACAAAGUGAAUCAACCUAAUGCAAGUCCAAAAAAUAGCUUGAUACAUCCCAUGGUACUAUUCUAACAUCUGAUCAGUUCACCAGAUUCAAAGUGCUUUUAUGAAUUCGCAAAUAAUACUUGAUUGAUGUUAAUUACUCUUAUGUGAAUGAUUUCACAGAUAUGUUACUGUUUUAUUUAUAAAUGUGUAAAGCAUAACAUAACUAUGCGUUUUUUAACAUCCACUUAUUUAAUAAUGAAACCAGAGAUCUAUACAGUAAUAAAUCUCGUCGUAAAUCAUUAUCAUUCUCUUCUCACUAAUAAGAUCAGCAUAAAAAAGCCAUUUAGGGUUGUUUAACUUCUCUUCAUUUAUUUUGCAGUAUUUUUUUAUCGCUGACGGAUAUUUCCAUUCUAGGUCGACUGUAGAGAUUGUUGAACUUCACUAUUUACAUCAUGGACUGAUCCUAAUAAGAUAUGAAAAAUAUUAUAUGAAAAAUCAGUGGUUUGAUGGUGAAGAGCUCACACAGGGAUGUUGUGAUUACGAGUUCGACUCUCGAUGGGGCCAUCUUUCCACAUUGUCGAGAAGUCCACAUUAGAAUGAAACAACUUUCCAUUGCUUCUUUCUUUAUAAAACAGCUAUGUAAAAGAGAUCCACCAGUGAUGUGAACUAAAACAGUGAACAUUCUGCCUUUACCUGUUUGACAUUUACAAGAUGCUAAUAUUGAUUCGUUUGUUUCAAGUCAAAAGAUUUUUAGGACAACUCAUUCGUACCAUUCACAAACUCUGCUCGUAUAUUAUGUAUACUUAUCUAUCUACCUUUUAACAGUCUUUUAAUUUGAUUUUUGACAGAGAAGAGAUCUCAUUGAAGAUACCAUGAAAUUAAUAGUGAAAGUAAUGAAUAAUGAAAAAACACCUAUUUCCAAGGCAACUAUCGAUCAAACGUUGGAUUGUACAGAAUCCGUCUAUGAGCAAUUCAAAAGUAAAUGUUUCACACUGCAACAGGUAAAUACUUUCAUUUAAGUGGAACAAUCUUCCAAACACAUUACCUCUAAUUAUCUCACAAACUCACUUCAAUAUGUUGAUAGACCCUUUAUAUUUUAUUGAGAAGCGUACACUUUUAUAAGUCGGUUGACAUAAUCAUGAGUGCGUCACUUGUGAUCUGCUAUUUUAGCUUCACUCGAACUUUACCAGAUGAGAGAUCUUAAAUGUUUAAACAAUGUUGACAGAGAAACCUAAACUUCAGUCAUUCUGUUAGUAAUAAGUGUAUAAAGAAGAGAACUAGCAUGAAAAUUAAUUUUGAUUUAAAAUGAUGUCAGCUUUACUCUAUCAUAAAUACUCAAUGAUUCCAGGUCGGUUUGUUUGAAACGAUGAGUUACUGAAUAUAGAUUCUAAAGUGAAAACACAGCUGACAGAAAUAAUUAACAGAGGAGGAAGGAAUUUGAGUUACAUGUACGACAAAACGUUUGUUAUUAUCUAUUUCAUUUAGGUUGACAGCAGAAGUGAUAAGAUAAUGAAUUUUAAUUGAGAUUCCUCAAAUACAGUUCUCCUGAUCUGAGAACUGUUUGCUUCAGCGUACAUAGAUAACAUAUUUAUGUUAAGCACUGAAUGUGACAGGCUUCAGAGCUUGCAAAACAUAUAACUGAAGACUUCUGUGUCUGUAAAACGUAAUAUCGGUCUUGGUUAGACGACAAAUAACCAACUGAAUAAAUAGAUUGCAGAUUUCACCCACAUAAUAAGCCACAUCAACAGCGGUUUUCAAUAAGACUUAUUUGAAUUAACAGUGCAGCCAAGAAAACAAUGAAACAAUUGUUAAAGGAUUUAUAUAUAUGAAAAAUAGUCACCAAGAGAACAAUAUGAAAUAUGGACGUAAAAUAGAGAGAAAACUGAUGUGAAUGAGACAACUGUGAAUAAUAAAUGAAUACUUCCAGGAUAGGUUUAGCAAAGUACCAAUUGUUUCCAAACAUACAGGAAAAUAUUGAACAUCCGUAGGGCCAAAGUUCAAAACAACCUACUUAUUCACCUUUGUACCACUAGGAAUUCAUGACCAUCAUGAACUAUACGUUAAGCAACGAGUGGAGAUUAAUAUUUGUUAUUUGCUCUUAUUGGAUUGUUUAGUUUUACUUGUUUUGGCGUUCAUUUUGACACAUGUUUUGGCCAAGCCGCAUUGGUGUACUUCAUAACAACUGUGAAUUUCAUCAUCUAACUUUAGUGAUAAUAUACUCAGUAUUUCCUGUUAGGAUGUUCAGACUAAACACAACAUAUCUGAUUGAAAUUUAAAGAAUCUUUUCUAUUUGAAAUGACUUCAGGCUCCAGAAGUUGGAGGACACUUGUCCACUCUUUACAACUAUUGUGCAGAAGGUUAUACAGCUGAAACGAUCAAUGAAGCAAUCAUAAAAAUUUGCAAUUAAAUCAAGAUUAAAUUGUCAGUGUGAUAAAUUUUAUCAAUGUAAAUUUUUAAAUAAAUGAAUCUUUUCUCAAAAACCAGCCUUCAAUCUCUUUAACUAACUAUAAGGAUGUUAAGCUGAUUGAACUGGAUCACACUCAACUCGAAUUCAUAAGAGACGACCUCGUGGUGAUAGUUAAUCUAGACUGACCAAAAAUAAUUCUUCAAUCUGACCAAUAGUCUUGUACAAAAUGUGCAACUCAGUUGAACAUUACAUAUAAGCGAACAAUUGUUUUCAGUUAGAUCGUCAUCAGGCUUUACUCUAAUAUACAUGAAUAUUGAUACGAAAAUAUUAAACCA